UGAUCGCUCUCCUCUUCUCGCUCUCUCUUGUACAUCUGAAGAAACUGAGGAGCAGAGACCAGCGGAGACACUUUCGGGUCACUUGAUCCGGGUCGGAUAAAGUUCGAAACUUUAACUGUAUCUGACGAGGAGAAUCCGAAUAUUCUUCUAUUCGGUUGAUAUGACGCGGCGGUGUUCGCAUUGCAGCCACAACGGGCACAACUCGCGGACAUGCCCGAACCGCGGGGUCAAGCUCUUCGGGGUCCGGCUCACCGACAAGUCGAUUCGGAAGAGUGCUAGCAUGGGCAAUCUCAGCCACUAUACCGGGUCAACAAAUUCGCUCGCUAAUGGAUCCAAUUCUCCUAGCGAGACCCCUGAUCACGGCUCUGCCGCCGCUGGAUAUACGUCUGAGGAUUUCGUUCCCGGGUCUUCAACGAGCCGUGAAAGGAAAAAAGGUGUUCCAUGGACGGAAGAGGAGCAUAGGAUGUUUCUACUUGGGCUCCAGAAUCUUGGGAAAGGCGAUUGGCGUGGAAUUGCUCGCAAUUAUGUCAUGUCAAGGACACCUACUCAAGUGGCCAGCCAUGCUCAGAAAUAUUUCAUCAGGCAAACUAAUGUGUCUAGGAGGAAAAGACGUUCUAGCCUGUUUGAUAUUGUGGCAGAUGAAUCAGUCGACACUCCGAUGGUGUCUGAGGAAUUUUACUCUGUCAACCAUCCCCUGGCUGAAGGACAAAAUGAAAACCCUUUGCCUCCAGUUGCUGCUGCUGCUCCUGCUCCUCCCUUGGAUGACGAUUGUGAGUCAAUGCAUUCUACCAAUUCCAAUGACAAUGAUCAGGAACCUGCUAUUCCAAAACCAGAAGGCUCACAACCUACUUACCCUGUGAUAUAUCCUGCUUAUUUCUACCCAUUCUUCCCAUAUUCGGUUCCAUUGUGGCCAGGUUUCAGUGCUGAGGCUCCUCCUAAGGAGGAGACACAUGAGGUGCUGAAGCCAACAGCAGUUCACUCAAAGAGCCCAAUCAAUGUUGAUGAGCUGGUUGGCAUGUCGAAACUUAGUCUAGGUGAAUCUAUCGGUAAUGCUCGACCAUCCUCUUUAUCACUAAAACUGGAUGAAGGGUCCUCUAGGCAGUCAGCUUUCCAUGCAAAUCCGGCCUCAAAUACUUCAGACAUAAAUUCGAGCAGCAGCAGCCCAAUCCAUGCAGUUUGAAAGGCUGCUUCUGCUGAGAUUAGUAAUACAACUUAGGUCAGUACUUGUGAGAGCUCUCUACAGGGAGCUGUUUAUAUGAUAGACUAGCAUGUGCAGGUGCAGGUGCAAGGUCUUGGUUAGAAGCCAUAUAUUUGUUUGUGUAAUCAUCUUAAUAAAGAGCAAGGUCCUUCUUCUGAUUUAUUUUAAGAUUUAGAAGAAUCUUUAAAUUUUGUGUUUUCUUUGAUUAACAUUAUUUGCAUUCCAAAAAUAACUAAGUACACCUCAUUUUUAUUGCA